AUGUCCGCGCACGCCACCAGCUCACGAGCAAACGCGUUCCCGCCUCUGUCCAACGCCGAUUCGGCGCAGUCCGGUCACAAAGGCGACGUCCACAAAGGCGGCGGGCAUGUCCUGGUAGAGCGUACCACCAGUAGCACUGACGUCGAAAAUCCUAAUUCUAAUGCCCAUCUGCCGGAUCGCCUCCAACAACGCGAAUACCGCGUCUACAAACGCCGCUUCUGGGGCCUGGCUCAGCUGGUCCUGCUGAACAUUGUCAUCUCCUGGGACUGGCUGACUUUCGCUGCCGUCUCGGACACUUCCUCGCAGUUCUUUCGCGUCAGUGAGAGCGCUGUCAACUGGUUGAGCAUUGCCUUCCUGUUCGCCUUUGUCGCAGCUGCGCCCUUCACGAUCUGGCUGCUGAACCAUCAUGGGCCUAAAGCAUCCAUUCUGCUGGCUAGCAUCCUCACGCUCGCGGGCAACUGGAUCCGAUAUGCAGGUACACGAGCUGGACACGGCUACUUUGGCGUGGUCAUGUUCGGACAAAUCCUCAUAGGUCUGGCUCAGCCCUUCGUCUUGGCCUCGCCUACCAGAUACAGUCAGAUGUGGUUCAGCGAUGCGGGACGUGUUUCUGCCACCGCGGUCGCUUCCUUGGCGAAUCCGUUGGGUGGCGCGCUUGGCCAAUUGAUUGGGCCACUUUGGGCUACAAAUCUGUCUGGAGUACCUGACAUGGUGCUCUAUACAUCGAUAAUCUCUACACUUGCCGCCCUGCCAGCUCCUUUCAUACCGGCCAAACCACCAACUCCUCCCUCCGCCACUGCAGCGUUGGAAAAACUUGACCUUCGUCGAGCAGCGAGCGAACUCCCACGAAAUGGCUCCUUCUACCUGCUCCUCAUACCCUUCUCGGUUUACGUCGGGUGCUUCAACUCCGUGUCUUCCCUUAUCAAUCAGAUCUUCGAACCUUAUGGAUUUUCAGAGACAGACGCUGGUAUCGCUGGUGGAUUGCUCAUCAUCGUCGGUUUGAUCGCCUCUGCAAUCGUCUCUCCCAUCAUCGACAGAACGAAGGCCUAUCUGAUCACUAUCAAAACACUGGUGCCUCUAAUCGCCAUCUGCUACAUUCUUCUAAUCUUCAUGCCGGGCACACGCAACGUGGCAGGACCAUUCGUUGUCAGCUCAAUACUUGGCGCUACCUCCUUUGCUCUACUGCCUGUUGCGUUAGAGCUGCUAUCUGUCACCACUCUGCCCGUAUCACCGGAAGUAUCAAGCGUCAUCGCAUGGACCGGAGGACAAAUACUCGGAGCUAUCUUCAUCAUUGUCAUGGAUGCGUUGAUAGCGCCGAAUGGGUGGCAUGGCGAGCCUCCAGACACGGCAACCCGAGCUUUGAUAUUUCAAGCUGUCAUGGCUUGUAUCGCUGUACCAUUUCCCAUGCUUCUGGGGUUAUGGAACUUCAGAAAAGUCCAAGUGAGUGCGGGUGAGGUGCGAGCAGGGGAGGGAUUUUAG